AUGGCGUCCUCUACAGAGUUGACGCCAGAGCAAAAGCUCGCGCUCAUUAAGUCGAAACUGGACGAAGUCUUACACCCAGAAAUGCUCGAGGACAUCGUGCUAAAGCAGCAGCGGCCUCUCACCCUCUACUGGGGUACUGCCAUUACUGGAAGACCACAUUGCGCUUAUUUUGUACCUAUGAUCAAGAUUGCUGAGUUUCUGCGAGCUGGUUGUAAAGUCAAGAUCCUGAUGGCUGAUUUGCACGGCUUCCUCGACAAUACCAAAGCACCAAUAGAACAAGUCAAACAGCGAGCGAUACACUACAAGCGAGUCGUACAAUCAUUACUGAAAGUUGUCGGAGUCAGCUUGGAAAAGCUGGAAUUCGUCAAUGGCUCGGAAUAUCAGCUUAGCGCUGAGUAUUCAAUGGACAACUACAGACUCAUGACUAUAGUGACUGAACACGAUGCCAAAAAGGCUGGGUCUGAGGUUGUGAAGCAGAUAUCGAACCCUACGCUCGCCGGCUCUAUUUAUCCAUUAAUGCAGGCAUUAGACGAAGAGUACCUAAAGGUCGACGCACAAUUUGGUGGUGUUGAUCAGAGGAAGAUCUUCACUUUAGCACAAGAGAUUCUGCCCAAGAUUGGAUACAAAGAGCGCAUACACUUGAUGAAUCCUAUGGUUCCAGGACUGCAAGCAGGCGGGAAAAUGUCAGCUUCAGAUCCAAACUCUAAGAUCGAUGUCCUAGACGAUGCGACAUCAGUCACAAACAAGAUCAAAAAAGCAUUUGCUGAGGCUAAAGUGACCGAGGGUAAUGGUCUCAUUGCCUUCAUCGACACAUUACAAAGUCCUGAAGGCAAAGGUAGCAUGAAAUUCACGCCAAGAGAAGGAGAACCAUUAGUUUACUCAAACAUCGACGACAUCCGCAAAGCUUACGAAGCCGACACUUUGACGCCUCAAAUGCUAAAGGCUGGUGUAUCGGAUACUCUGAACACUGUAUUAGCUCCCAUUCAAGAGGAAUUUCAGAAGGAUAAAGAUUGGCAAGAAGCACUGGAAAGCGGAUAUCCAUCAGAACAACCUGACAAGAAGAAGAAGGAUAAAAAGCCUAAAGACAAAGGCUCACGAUAUCCUGGUGGUAUCAAAACCAAUCCGGAUGGAACGAUAGAAGGCCCUAAUGCUGAGAAGGUCAAGGUCGGUGAGAACGUGCAAGAUGCUUUGCAAAAUUUAGAGGUCAAAUAA